AUGGCAGCUGUCAGCUGCAUAUCUGCAGCGGCUGGAGUGGUGGUGGCCAAGCUCUGGACGGAGAGCGAGGCCAAUGAAAUGGACCAGCGGUUGGAAGAAGUCAAGCGACAGGCGCUGGAAAGGAGUCCGGCAGGAAUAGAUCCGGUAGUGGCUGUGCGUCAUCUGUUGGAAACGUUGGACUGGAGUUUGGCAAAUGCCGGACAGCACCGCUUGCAAAGUGCAAGCGACAUUGUCAGGGAGUGCCUGAAUUCACCGUUGCGAGAAGAUGGAGCGACACAAGCUCUCGGUGACUCGCCACACGAAGAACUUGGACGCCAUCUACGUAAAGUGCGACACUUGUGCUCUGCACCAAGCCGGAAGAGAGCUCCAGAAUUGCGUCCACAGGUGCACGCGAGGAGGGCAGGGGCCCCGUCAACAGGCGGCAGCGGCAGCAGUGGGAGUACGUACGAUCCGGAAGAUGGAGGCACCAUCCACGACAAGCUUGGCCUUUGUGCCGCCUUGUCCUAUGUGGUCUAUGAGUUCUUGAAACUGCAGCAUGCUGCACGUGGCUGCCUACAAGACACCCCUCGAAAGUCGCUGAGAUUGGCUUUGGCGUCUCUGGCGCAGCAUGCGACAUUUGCAAAGGGCAGGACGUUAGAAUGGCUGGUGCCCUGUCAGAUGAGGGCGACGAAGGGCAACGCACUCGCAGAGAGCUGGUGGCGGCAGUUCUCUUGUCCCGAGAAGGACUUUCGAACAGCGGCCGUGACCUUGAUUUGCAUCUUGGACGCUGCGCUGUCAUGGAGCCCGCUUGACCUCUUCGGAUGGAUGGGAAAACCCGAGGAUGUUGAAGGACGCCUGCUGGCUCGACAGAGGGAUAGAUGCGUUUAUCCAGCCUAUGCCAGCAAGCUGCGCGCCUGUCUCAAGGCUGCUUGUUCCGCGUCCCCCAAAACUGUGGCGCGAAUUGAGUCGCAUCUUGCUGCGAUCAAGUCGCGAGACCUGCCAAAGCCUUGGGUGACAGCUUGGGUCCGUGUACAAGGUCGCGACUCGGGGCCCAUGAUAUUCCGAAACAAGACAAAAGUCCCUUUGCGCCUUGAGCUUCACUCAAGUGCUCAAAGCCUGGCUUGGCCAAUGUCCAUUCUUCAAAGUCUCGCUUUCGGAGACCGAUGGGUUUUAGCAGCCCAUGUCCAGCCUGGAAUCGAAAAAGCUCUUCGUUUGAAGAAAGAGCUCGGAAGCGAGUUUCAGCUUCAUGUGCACACGGCUUCGGGCGUUCGAGUAUGCUCGCGUCAGCUUUGCCGAGGCGAAGCUUUUGAUUUUCAGAUUGACGUUCCGACAAAGCCGGCGCAGCUUCGCAACUACGUGUUGUCGCGCACAAAGACAGAGCACACAGAUGUGAGUUCGGCAUCAUGCACUUCAAGGCGUCUCAGCCAAGCCAGCACAGCAUCAACAGCUUCCUCGGUCACGACAUUUCCGAUGGCCGCUCCUUCGUGGCCACAGCCCAUUCUAGAGUCGACACCGAUCAUAGUGGAUGGUUUCACGUCGUGCAUAUGCCCACGCUGUCUCGAACGCAUGACGUACCAAGUAGCGCGGCCUCGUCUGCCGACUUAUGCAGGAGGUGUCAGUUGCGAUCAUUGCCAGACGCAGCUUCUGGGCGAGGAGGGUCUAGAUGCCAAGAUGCAGACCUCCACGAAAAAAUCAUUUUGCCAUUGCAGCCGUUGUCAAUUUGAUCUCUGCCGCCUGUGCGCUUACAAAGAGAUGCAGCAGGUCUGGUGGAAGCACCAUUGA